AUGCCCCCUCGCCGUCGUGCGAAGAAACAGCCCAGCGCAGAAGCCGCCCCCCAUCCUCCCCCAGCCCCUAUGGGCCCCACCUCUCUCGAAGCUCUGUACCCGGUCCACGAUAUCCUACUCGACCUCUUCUUCGACAUGAAGCCUUUCGUCUUCAUGCGCUUAUCAAAAAUGCAUCGCGCAUACGCCCUUCGACGAAUGUCCAAGGCGGUCGUCUUCAGCAGUGACCUCCGGGAACGACUUCGGGAUACCAUUGAUGCUCGGCCUAAGACGCAAAUCGACGUCAGUUUCCUGAUCCCCAUCUUCUUCGCUCAUACGAUGGUUUUCGACUCGAUGCAGACAUUUGGCUUGCUUGCUGCCGACAUGUCUAUCGUUGAGCGGGCCAAACGAUUGAGAAAGAGGCCCGGCUCUCCCUAUCCCUUUCAUCCUGCUCGGCUUUUCGAGCAUGUCAGGCGCAUCCAGCUUCCUAUGGAGCCCUUUGUUGGUGCCUACGUUGCCUGCCUAGACGCGACACAAGUACAAUCGGAGGACGGGAAGUGCAGAGGUCUUCGGCAGAGUGAUCUCGGCUAUCAGCUUGGUGACCACUUUUCACAAGUGUCCUUCAUGGUCCAGCCCUUGUCUGAACCACUGUUCGACGAUUCGAACUUUGAUAACGAGGAUUGGGAUUGGGAGCUUGAGUACCAUACGAAGUGGAUGAAGAUUUUGCUGGGCGAAGAUGUCGAAGCGGCAGAGGUAGCUUUCGAAGUCGGAAAGCAAGUCGAGGCAGUCAUUGUGGUCGACCUGCAGCCAACGUCUCUACCCGGACAAUCCAGUUCCACGCAACUUGAUCUCCUGCCUGCCGCCCUCCAAGACUUUGUCGACUUUCGCCAGCUUACGUUGGUUUUCUGCAAUCUUUCGUCAGGGAGCGACAAGAGUUUUACGCCGAAGGUUCUCGACGAGAUUUCCGAUGUUAUCGCCGUCAUUGUGCGACAUCGCUUUUGGUGGUUAACGUGUUCCUGUUACUCUCGUCUCGGUGGAUUGCCUCCUAUCAGAGUACAGCUGGAUCAUUUCGAACUAGUGAAAGAGAAGGUGUUGGGGGAGGUCGGAUCUCCGAUCGAAGGAGAAACUCAUUGGGCCAUCAAUCGUCGCGAGAAAGUAAAGGAGUACCUCAUUAAGAGCACAGUAUUUGAAAUGGUGGAUGUGGAUCUUCUAGGGGCACUUGUUGACGUGGAUGGGGAGACAUUGAGAGGCGGGGGGUCGGUUUGA